CUGUCAACUUCACUUCACGUCGAACUCAUGAAGUCCUCUUUGGUAUUGAUCUGCGCUGCCGCCCUCUCCCUGUCCAAUGGCGUGAACGGCUUCUUCGUGCCGGCCGCUGGGAGCCUGGUCGGUGGAGCGUCCUCCGCCUCUCGUGCGUCCCACAGCAUCAGCAUGAGUAGCAUCGCUCACGGCGCCCGGUGCUCAUGCGCCUCCUGCGCUGGUGUCCACGGGAGAUCGUGCACCUGCCCCUCGUGCUCGUCGACGGGAGUCUCCAGGCGGUCCUGCAGCGCCGGUUGCCGUUGUGCCGGUUGCUCAGUGCGCAUGAAGGCGCACCGCGACGGUGAGGACACCACCUCGCCUGGGGGGCAUAGGGCUUCGUGCGAGUGCCCCGAUUGCGGCGUCCUCAAGAGCCUCUCCAGAAGCAGGCGGGGAGCUUCUUCCGUCACGGUGAUGAGCAUGGGAGGAGGAGAGGGAGAUCGGGCGCUGAGGCAAAGGCUGGUGGAUGAGCCCGAGUCGGUACAAUUUGAGGACACCAUGGCGGCGAUCGCGGAAGGCUUCGACUACGUGCCUAAGCGGUGAGAACAGGACAGGCAGUAGCAGCAACAGCAGUGUCUAGCUGUGGGCAACGUCUGCUUUGAGAGUACUAGGGCACGCGUGAAGGAGGAGCAGGUGCAACGUGUGACUUUGUCUUGCGGUUGAAGAUGCUGCCCGGUUUCCUAUGCAUACGCUGCUGCACCGUCCGUGUCUUCCGUCCGCAUGUCCGCAAGCGAUUAUGUACCGGAGCCGUGCCCAUGUUGAACGUUCUGUCCCAACCCCAUCGCAACUGUGGGCAGCAUGUUGCAGAUUUUGUCGUGGCAGCUAACGGUUCCCCACAGCGGGGCUUGCCAGCCUCCAUCAAACACCAAACACGCCAAUGGAUUCCAUACGUGUGCCCAAGAAUCCAUACGUGUCAGACGGGAUCUAUACGCGUGAGACGGUAUCUGUACGUCAGAUGAAACAAAAAAAACAAAACAGGUGCGCGCAUGGCGCAUGAAGUGUUUGUGCGUGUGAUGGCACCACGGUUCCCAAAAAUGUGGAGAACGGCAUGAUUUUAUUGCUAUUGCGCACCAGUAUCGGUGUUAACGCACCCGGUGCCAACGAUAUUAAACCUGCUUGGGACGUCAAUAUUUGCGUGCUUCCGCAAGGUACUGGUACCCUGGUACCCUCUGAGCCACGUGUUGAACUGUAUGGAAAGCACGGCUGAGGGUCCGGUAUGUACCAAUUGGGGCGCCAGUCCUUCCAUGUACUUUUAUGAUGUCGUAUCGUUGAGGUGUGCGCUUACAGUAAGGAUCAAGGUUUUUCUAUUGUAAUCCGUACAUCGAACACAGCACACAUCCCGCACCUCCCACCAACCGAACAAGGAGUUGGUAAACAACAGUACUAUCAUUGUAUAUGGGUUUGAGGGAGACAAAGGAAGACAGAGGGAAGCACCAGCCAACAGUUGAGGGGCUUGCGACCAACAAGGAGGUUGGAAGAAAAACGAUGCCGCACCGUAUACCUUUCCCAGCCAGGAACCACAGCGCCUGUUGUCUUUGGCACACGCUACGCCAAACUCGCAUCAGCCGCUUCAUGUUGAGUACCGUUUCACGCACAUAAACGGUAGUCCUACCAGAAAACGCCUUUGCUCGUUUCUUUGAGUAUCGCACCUAUGGGUGUCAUCGCACCGGGGUGUUACUCAGCACCGUGAACUGGCCACUGUGAUUUAUUCCGUAUCGCACCCAUCGAUGUCAUCGCACGGAGGGUGCGUUGGGAAGCUAACAACGAAAUUGCUCGGUAGUUGUAUCUCCGCACCGUUAUCGGUGUUGUGGCACUGGGGAAGGUAAACUAUAAAGAUAGGUGUGGGGCUUGUGUCUCCUGAACCAACACGCCUCCUUUCAUCCCUGUAACGUCCAUACGUCAGAGAAUCCCUCCGACUGGACGUGAGGACAGCUUGCUCAUCGCAAGAGUAGAGAGCUCGUAACUCUCCAUCGACUGCGCUCUAGACCAAAUCCCAUACAGGAAUGAUUCAAAAACUGGUCGCACCCCGAUGCCAUCACACGCACAUUUACGGUAGGGGAGGAUGAAGGGGUGCUUCCGUUUUUGCUUCUCUUUUCUUAUCAUGACACAACGAAAAACCAAGAUAGGAAUGAUGAUGAUCAAGAAUGGUCGCACCCCGAUGCCAUAACACGCACAUUUACGGUAGGGAAGGAUGGAGGGUUGCUUCCGUUUUUCUGAUCAUGACACAACGAAACUAUCUCUAUCCACAGAAAAGAGUCUUCGAUAGAUUUAAUAUCAAUGCGUUUAGAGCGUCAGCGAAGGCGACCAAUAUUUUUACGAUUUCCCAUGCAGCAUACGGCGAUAUAUUUUCACAUUCAUUGAUCACU